CCUCCUGUAACGAUCUGCACUGUUGUGACGGAAAGCCCCUUUGUGUUGUAAAUGUUAUACAAAUGCGCUUUGUGUAUUCUAGCCAUUUAAAUUAUGUCAACUGACAAAAUCUCAAGUGUGUUUGAGAGUGUUUCCAGAUUGGGCAUGUCUGAUGAUUAGUCUAUGCAUCUGCAGGGCACCUAGUCACUCAGCCAAGCAACGUAUAUAAACAUGCGAGGUGACUACGUAUUGAAUGCCUCAAAAUCCAAGUCUCUCUACCUACAUUGCAAGGAAACUUCUCAGUUACUGCGACGUUCUUCUCUCGCUCAAAUGUGCCACAGCAAAAUCCUUCAUCCGCAUGGCAUAUCAUAUUUGUAAAUGAUUAACUACGGCUGGAUUAUUCACGUAAUACGGAUUUUGAUUACACAUUGCUGGCAUAUUCUUUGCAGAAACUUAAGAGGACGCAUAUGUAGUAGCUUCCUCUACUCAAGGCGAAAAAGCACGUUCUCGGACACUUCUCGUUGCCUUUCAAGCCAUAACCUCUUGCUGGGUAGGCCAGCACACUCACUGAAAUGAGCUCCAAGAGCCCUAAAUUGAAUAGGAACCAGCUUGAGGCCAAUGUAAAUAUUCUGAAGGAAGAAAUCAAACGACUUCACAAGGAAAUAUUUCAAGUCAGGACAGAAUUGAAGAUACAAAGAGCGAGAACUCUGGACUUGACUUAUGAUUUACAAGAGAAAGAGCAGGAGCUAGAACAGCGAAAGAAAGAUUAUGAUCAAGAGAUGAAUGACAUUAUUUCCAAACUUCUUCUCCUAGAGGGGGAUUUUCGAAAGGAGCAAGCCGAGAUCAAAACACUUCUCGAAGCUAGGGAAGUCACAAUCGAGUCGCUGUACAACGAAGUCACCACAAAAGACAGGCAGAUCGAAUCACUGCGAAAGAAAAUAGAUUUGUUAAAAUCGCAGCCUGAAAAAGACGAUAGACUAAAACUGGAGAAGAAACUGCACUCACAGAAGUUAGAAAUUGACAAUCUUCGGAACGCAAAUGCUCGUUUAUUAGAGUCUUUGUCUCAUGUCAGACUCAAUACGCAUAGCAAUCGUCAAGCGAGAUUACGGAGAAGUUCUACGCCAGCAAGCCGCGGGCAUGGAAGAAAUCAGCUGAAUAAUUCAGAAAUGCCGGAAUGGAAGGAGGAACUUUCAGCUUUUUUCUAACCUGUUCAUUACUUGAAAAUACGUGUCAUUCUUCUUAUCGGUCGGCAUUAUUUAAAACAUAUGUCGGCUAUUGAUUAAGUUGAGAUUCUUGCCAUUUUUCUCGUUUGUAAGACUUUUUCAAAACCAGAGCGACCGGCGGAUCGAGAGCUUCGCGCGAUUCAAGGGAGAACGCGCGAGUAAGGAGCAACUCCCAUUUUUCCACUCGUGUCCAUAAUUCUAAAUGAAACUCUCUAAGAUAUUUCGUACUCAGACAUCUAUGUGUUAUCUAUAAAUAAUGUAUAAAUUAGAGAUAAAUAUAUCGAUUGCAUGGAAAAAUAUGUUCAAAGAACAGUGAAUAUAUCGAAAUAUCUAGUGAAUCUCAGAGCUCAAAAAUGUCAGGAUGAGGUGUCUUGAUGGAGGCCUCAAGGUAUUAACUGUUUACAUAUGAGUCAUGGUUAUGGUUUUUUUCUUCUUAGUCAAAGAACACGUGGGGGACGACUAAGGUUAUCAUCGACACACCUGUAUGGGUCGCUGUGUGUUUAAAUGUGUUGGUGUUAUCCAAAUUAUAGACACUGCUCAAGUGCGAAUUAAAGACAAUUCUACUUCUUUUACCAAUAGAAAUUUUAGGGGGAAAAUAUUGAGUUCACAUAGUUCCUUCCGUUAUUCACUACAGAAGAAUAAAGAUAAGAUUUACUUCCUCUGAAA